ACCAGCAUAAAUACCCAACACGGCACACAUGUUUACUUCUCUCUUACUCUUUGCCAUGAUCCAAACCAUGUCUGACCCCCCAAAUGAAUUUUUUCAAUUCUACAAUCAAAAUUUCCCCAAUCAAACCCCUCCUCCUAAUUACACUAAUUCUAUUGCUACUAGCACCCCCUCUAUCACGGUCACCACCACUUUACCACCAGAGUCUACUAUGAUGAAUCCAACUUCACCAACAUCAGGCGGCACCAGUUUGGGCCCAGAAGGCCGUGUCUCUAAGCCCAUACGAAGACGGUCCCGGGCUUCAAGACGAACUCCCACCACUUUACUCAACACGGACACUACUAAUUUCCGUGCCAUGGUUCAACAAUUCACGGGAGGCCCAAUUGCACCUUUUGCAGCAGCGGCUUCAUCAUCAGCUCCGAAUUUUUCAAGCCUGGCGGGCCUUGGACUCGGCCCGCGGGCCGUCCCUCCUCUGAAUCAAACCAUGAUGCCACCUCAGUUCUACCAGCAUCUACAACAACAGUAUCAAGGUGCACAGAACCAACACUACAACAACAACAUGUAUAGUGGCAACAACGUUAACACACAAUCAAGUGGAGUAGGAGGAGAUGAUAACAUGUUUUUUCAGAGACUAAUGAACAAUCCAAGAGCCGCAAACAAUAAUAUUAAUAAUGGUGACAUUAAUGGAGAAGGAGGAAAUGGUUACUUUCCAAGCAGUUCUUCAUCUUGAAGUGGUAGGAACAGGGUUACCGGUUUUCUUUUCUUUUCUUUUUCUAUGGUCGCAUGCGGAGGCGGAGGAUGAAAGUGACGUCAAUUAAAAGCAUACAAAAUUAGGUUGCUAAUUUGGCCUGAAUUGUUGACCAACCAUUCUACUUCUACAGUAUGUAAUCUUUUAAAUAUUAUACACUUCUUUUCCUCUUAUUUCUUUAUUAUCAUCACACCUUUUUUCUUUUAAUUAAAUUAUUGGACCUCUUAUUCUUAUUU